GCCGUCGUUGCCGUCCUCCUCCGGCCCAUCGCCACCCCUCGUCUCGCUCGCCCGUCGCUCCACCCACAAGCCUCGCGUCCACCAUGCUCGGCCACGAGUUCGCCCACUCGACCCAGCCGAUCAAGCGUCCGCGCACGAUCCAGUUCGGCAUCCUCUCGCCAGAAGAGAUCAAGGCCAUCUCGGUGUGCAAGGUCGAGUACCCGGAGACGUUCGAGGAGGGCAACGCCAAGCCGAAAACCGGCGGCCUGAGCGACCCGCGACUCGGCACGAUCGACCGCAACUUCAAGUGCGCGACUUGCGGCGAGGGCAUGGCCGAGUGCCCGGGUCACUUUGGCCACAUCGAGCUCUCGCGCGCCGUCUUCCACGUCGGCUUCCUCAACAAGGUCAAGAAGAUCACCGAGUGCAUCUGCGUCCAGUGCGGCAAGCUCAAGGUCUCGCCGCUCGAGGACCCUCGCCUCGGCGACGCCGUGCGCUUCGUGCGCGACCCGAAGAAGCGCCUCGCCAUCGUGCACGCCCUGGUCAAGGUCAAGAACACGUGCGAGAUGACGGUCAUCGACGACGAGACGCAGGCCAAGAUCGCCGCCGGCGAGGACGUGCCGCCCGGUCACGGCGGGUGCGGGCACGAGCAGCCGCAGAUCCGGCGCGAGGGCCUCAAGCUCUUCCUCGUGUACGGGCGGGGCAAGGACGAGGACGGCAACGUGCAGCAGCCCGACCGCAAGCCGUACACUGCGACGCACGCCCACACGCUGUUCCGCAAGAUCUCGGACGACGACCUCGUCACGAUGGGCCUGUCGGCGUCCGAGGCGCACCCGGCCUGGAUGAUCCUCACCGUGCUCCCCGUGCCGCCCAUGCCCGUGCGGCCCUCGAUCUCGGUCGACGGCGGCGCCAUGCGCGGCGAGGACGACCUGACGUACAAGCUCGCCGAGAUCAUCCGCGCCAACUCGAGCCUGCGCAAGUUCGAGGAGGAGGGUGCGCCGGCGCACGUCAUCAACGAGUUCGAGACGCUGCUCCAGUGGCACAUCGCGACCUACAUGGACAACGACCUGGCCGGCCAGCCGCAAGCGCUGCAAAAGUCGGGCCGGCCCGUCAAGUCGAUCCGGGCCCGCCUCAAGGGCAAGGAGGGUCGGCUGCGCGGCAACCUCAUGGGCAAGCGCGUCGACUUCUCGGCCCGCACCGUCAUCACGGGCGACCCCAACCUCGCCCUCGACGAGGUCGGCGUCCCGUUCUCGAUCGCGCGCACCCUCACGUACCCGGAGCGCGUCACGCCGUACAACAUCACGCACCUCCAGGAGCUCGUCCGCAACGGGCCCAACGAGUACCCGGGCGCGCGGUACGUCGUGCGCGACACGGGCGACCGCAUUGACCUGCGGUACAACAAGCGCGCCGACACGUUCCUCCAGUACGGCUGGAUCGUCGAGCGCCACCUCAAGGACGGCGACAUCGUCCUGUUCAACCGUCAGCCGUCGCUCCACAAGAUGUCCAUGAUGGGUCACCGCGUCAAGCUCAUGCCGUACUCGACGUUCCGCCUCAACCUGUCGGUCACGUCGCCGUACAACGCCGACUUUGACGGCGACGAGAUGAACUUGCACGUGCCGCAGAGCGAGGAGACGCGCGCCGAGCUCAUCAACAUCUGCGCCGUCCCGCGCAACAUCAUCUCGCCCCAGGCCAACAAGCCCGUCAUGGGCAUCGUCCAGGACACGCUCUGCGGCGUCCGCAAGUUCACCCUGCGCGACUGCUUCAUGGACCAGGACUUUAUCCAGAACAUCCUCCUGUGGGUCCCGGACUGGGACGGCAUCCUCCCGCCGCCGGCCAUCAUGAAGCCUCGGCCGAUGUGGACGGGCAAGCAGAUCCUGUCGAUGUGCAUCCCGUCGGGCAUCAACCUGUACCGCGCAGCGGGCGGCAACUCGUCGGCGCCGGCCGAGGACGACGGCAUGUUUAUCGAGGACGGCCUCAUCAUGUACGGCACGGUCGACAAGAAGACGGUCGGCACGUCGCAGGGCGGCCUCAUCCACGUCAUCUACCGCGAGAAGGGCCACAUCGUGUGCCGCGACUUUUUUUCGGGCGUCCAGAAGGUCGUCAACUUCUGGCUCCUGCACAACGGCUUCUCGAUCGGCAUCGGCGACACGGUGCCGGACAAGGGCACGAUGGAGGCCAUCCAGGGCUUCAUCAACACGGCCAAGGCCGACGUCGAGAACAUCAUCCAGCUCGCGCACGACGACCGCCUCGAGCCCGAGCCCGGCAUGACGGUCCGCGAGUCGUUCGAGUCCAAGGUGACGCGCGCCCUCAACCAGGCCCGUGACUCGUCCGGCCGCAGCGCCGAGCGGUCGCUCAAGGCCGACAACAACGUCAAGCAGAUGGUCGUCGCCGGGUCCAAGGGCUCGUUCAUCAACAUCUCGCAGAUGUCGGCCUGUGUCGGGCAGCAGAUCGUCGAGGGCAAGCGCUGCCCGUUCGGGUUCAAGUACCGGUCCCUGCCGCACUUCACCAAGGACGACUACUCGCCCGAGGCCCGUGGCUUCGUCGAGAACUCGUACCUGCGAGGGUUGACGCCGCAAGAGUUCUUCUUCCACGCCAUGGCCGGUCGCGAGGGCCUGAUCGACACGGCCGUCAAGACGGCCGAGACCGGCUACAUCCAGCGCCGACUCGUCAAGGCGCUCGAGGACGUCAUGGUCGCGUACGACGGAACCGUGCGCAACUCGCUCGGCGACGUCGUCCAGUUCAUCUACGGCGAGGACGGCAUGGACGGCGCCUUCAUCGAGGAGCAGGUCAUCGAGCCGAUCCGCCUGUCGGACGAGCGCUUCGAGAAGCGGUACCGCGUCGACGUGACCGACCCCGAGUGGACGUUCCGCCCCAAGACGAUCCGCGUCGACCUCGCCCAGGCCGACCCGCUCGUGCAGCAGGUCCUCGACGAGGAGUACCGCAUCCUGCGCGAGGACCGGCACCUCCUGCGGCACAAGGUCUUCCCCAAGGGCGACGCGACCGUGUCGCUCCCGGUCAACCUGCGGCGCGUCAUCCAGAACGCGCAGCAGAUCUUCCACAUCGACUUCCGCAAGCCGAGCGACCUCCCGCCGGCCGAGGUCGUCGAGGCCGUCGACUCGCUCGUGCGCCGCCUCGUCGUCGUGCGCGGCAACGACGACUUGUCGCACGAGGCGCAGGCCAACGCGACGCGCCUGUUCGGCAUCUUUGUCCGCUCGGUCCUCGCCUCGCGCCGCGUCAUCGAGGAGUACCACCUCAACCGCGAGGCGUUCGAGUGGGUCGUCGGCGAGGUCGAGACCAAGUUCAACGCGGCCGUCGUCGCGCCGGGCGAGAUGUGCGGCACGCUCGCGGCCCAGUCGAUCGGCGAGCCGGCGACGCAGAUGACGCUCAACACGUUCCACUACGCCGGUGUGUCGUCCAAGAACGUGACGCUCGGUGUGCCUCGCCUCAAGGAGAUCAUCAACGUCGCCGUCAACCUCAAGACGCCGUCGACGACCGUCUACCUCGAGCCCGAGUUCGCCCAGGACAUCAACCUCGCCAAGGAGGUCCAGACGCGCCUGUCGUACACGACGCUCCAGACGGUGACGGCCUCGACCGAGAUCUUCUACGACCCGGACCCGACCGCGACCGUCAUCGAGGACGACCGCGAGUUUGUCGAGGCCUUCUUUGCCAUCCCGGACGAGGACGUCGAGGCCAACCUGUCGCGCCAGUCGCCGUGGCUGCUCCGGUUCGAGCUCGACCGCGCCAAGAUGCUCGACAAGAAGCUUGAGAUGCACUACGUCGCGGGCAAGAUUGCCGAGACGUUCGACCAGGACCUGUUCGUCAUCUGGUCCGAGGACAACGCCGAGAAGCUCGUCAUCCGGUGCCGUGCCCUCAAGGGCGCGUCGUCGUCGCAGGACAAGGAGGGCGAGGCCGACGACGACGAGGACGACGAGGACGUCUUCCUCAAGCAGCUCGAGUCGCAGAUGCUCGGCUCGAUCGCGCUCCGAGGCGUCGAGGGCAUCGACCGCGUCUUCAUGAUGGAGCAGAAGCGGCCGACGCUCAACGCGGCGGGCGAGUUCCACACGCCCAACGAGUGGGUCCUCGAGACGGACGGCAUCAACCUGCGCAAGGUCCUGUGCACCGAGGGCGUCGACCCGACGAGGACCCUGUCCAACUCGUGCGUCGAGAUCCUCGAGGUGCUCGGCAUCGAGGCGGCGCGAGCGUCGGUCCUGCGCGAGCUCCGCAACGUCAUCGAGUUUGACGGCUCCAAGGUCAACUACCGCCACCUGUCGAUGCUCACCGACAUCAUGACCAACCGCGGGUCGCUCAUGGCCAUCACGCGCCACGGCAUCAACCGCAGCGACACGGGCGCGCUCAUGCGCUGCUCGUUCGAGGAGACGGUCGAGAUCCUCAUGGACGCGGCCGCAGCCGGCGAGAUCGACUACUGCACAGGGGUCGCCGAGGCCGUUCUGCUCGGGCAGCAGGCGCCGAUGGGCACCGGCGCGUUCGAGCUCGCACUCGACCUCGACAAGCUGCGCGAGGUCGUGCCCGACCACCGCCUGCCCGUCCCGGCCGGCAUGAUGCUCGACGCCGCCGUUCUCGACGGUGGCCGCACCCCGGGCGGCGGCGCGACGCCGUACGCCGACCUUGCCGAGGGCAAGACGCCCGCCUACGCCGGCGUCGAGCAGUACGGCUCGUUCUCGCCCAUCGUGCAACCGGGCCAGGACGGCAUGGGCUACGACCAGCUCGGCGGCGCGUCGCCCUUCUCGGGUGGCGCCAGUCCGUUCGCCGGCGGGCAGUCGCCGUUCCUCGGAGGGCAGAGCCCGUUCUUGGGCGGCGCCAGUCCCUUUGGCGCCGGCACUUCUGGCUACGCCCCGUCCUCGCCGUUCGCGUACGGCGGCGCGUCGCCCUACAACCCUGCCGGCGCCGGGGCAGGAGGAGCGUCGCCCUGGGUCAACCGCGCUUCGCCUUCCUCGCCCAACGCCUACUCGCCCUCGAGCCCUCGCUUCUCGCCUGCGAGCCCUGGAUACAGCCCGACCUCGCCCUCGUUCUCGCCCGCAUCGCCAAGGUUCUCUCCCGCGAGCCCGGCCUUCUCUCCUGCAAGCCCGGCCUUCUCGCCGGCAAGCCCGAGGUUCUCUCCGGCCAGUCCGGCCUUCUCGCCGACCUCGCCCAAGUUCUCGCCGACGAGCCCUGCCUACUCGCCGACGAGCCCGAGGAUGAGCCCGACAUCGCCUGCCUUCAGCCCCGCCAGCCCCAAGUACAGCCCAACAUCGCCGCAGUACUCGCCGACCUCGCCGGCGUACAGCCCGACGAGCCCCGCGACGGGCGCCGGCACGCAGUCGACCAACCCGACGACGGCCGCCUCGACGCAGCAGCAGCAGCCGCACUCGUACUCGAGCGCGCCGUCGUGGAGUCGCUGAGCGAGUCGAGCCGAGUUGGGGCAUGGAGCAGGGUCGCGAUCGCCUCGUGUACGAGCAGCAGUAGUACUUGUACGGAGCACGUGUCGAGAGCUUGGAACCAGGUCCGUUCAGACCAC